UAAUGAUACGCGAGUGUGGUUGUGUGGAAUCAUUCGACAGUGAGUCAUUCGAGCGAAAUUGCCAAAUGUCAGACUCGAUCGGAUCUUUGAUAAUCCCACCAAGGCGUUACACACGGGAGACACUUGUUGGAAGCAUGCGUGUGUACGAUGAUCGCAAACAUUUGUACGGGAGUGUUAAUUGCGGCCGCAGCGAGGCGCCAGCGUGCGGAACGGGUGUUCGCCAGCUCGGGAGAAGCGGCCGCCAGAAGUUGUGAAGUGUCGGAGUUGGAGCUUGGAGCGGUUGGAGCGGCGGACAGCCCGCAGUCGCGUCAGUCGCGUCAGUCGCGUGACGGUGGCCGACGGGGCUGCCAGAGUAGUGUCAUGCGGUUUGCGGCUUGACUUUCUCACCAUUUCUUCGAGAGCGGAUGGGAGAAAGAAAGCCGAAAGAAAGAGAGAGCGUUGUAAUUGGAAGAAACGUAGGAAAAGUGCGUGCGGGUCGUUCCGAUCAUCUCUGUGUGCCCCGCGACCUUUGUACCUCGUCUAUUUCGUCUUCUCUCGUCGGAACGUUCGGCGCGAACCAUGCCGUUUGAUCGCGACGAGGACUGUGGUGAAGACGAGCGUUGGACGCGGUGUCGUUGCACGGCCGGGAAGACAAAAGGUGCAAAGUGAGGAGAGCCGGAGUGCUACCGAGAAUGAUCUUCACCGGCAGAUCGGUGGACGCUCUCGACGAGGUACGAGACUCUAAUAGUGGUGGUGCGGCUGGCACCCAGCCGGAUGGCGGACCGGGCGGACGACGAGACGUCAGCGCCGUCGCUAUCGCGGCCGGAUGGUUCUCCAGUUUGCGGAGACCCGGCAAGAGGAAAAAGAACUGUCAGAAGCAAGCCAAGAGCGCCUGGGACCUCAGCGUCUUGUCCACCACGCAACUGAAAGAUGAAUUGGGCGAGGUUGUGGCGGAAAUGGAGGCGAUGGAGGGCGGCGGACUUACGGCCGACGAGACUAAACCGUCCAACAAGGCUAAACAGAUGUCGAUCGGCCGGAAAAAAUUCAAUAUGGAUCCGAAGAAGGGCAUCGAGUACCUGAUAGAGCACAACCUGUUGACACCGACGCCGGAGGACGUUGCUCAGUUUCUCUACAAGGGCGAGGGCCUCAACAAAACUGCGAUCGGCGACUAUCUCGGCGAACGACACGACUUCAACGAGCGCGUGCUGCGAGCCUUCGUCGAGUUGCACGACUUCACCGAUCUCAUACUGGUACAGGCCCUACGUCAGUUCCUCUGGUCGUUCCGACUGCCCGGGGAAGCGCAGAAGAUCGAUCGCAUGAUGGAGUGUUUCGCUCAAAGGUACUGCCAGCUAAACCCAAAUAUCUUCACCAAUACGGACACUUGCUACGUCCUGAGCUUCGCCAUCAUCAUGUUGAACACUUCGUUGCAUAAUCCGAGCGUUAAGGAUAAGCCCAGCGUAGAUCAAUUCAUUUCGAUGAAUCGAGGGAUUAACAAUGGCGGGGAUCUGCCGCGGGAACUGCUCGUGAGUCUGUACGAGAGCAUCAAAACCGAGCCUUUCAAAAUACCGGAAGACGAUGGCAACGACUUGAUGCACACAUUUUUCAAUCCUGAUAAAGAGGGCUGGUUGUGGAAGCAAGGCGGUCGUUACAAGAGUUGGAAGAGGCGGUGGUUCAUAUUGAAUGACAAUUGUUUAUACUAUUUCGAGUAUACAACGGAUAAGGAACCACGCGGUAUCAUUCCGCUAGAGAAUAUUCAGGUCCGAGAGAUUCAAGACCGGCAUAAACCUCACUGUUUCGAAUUGUAUGCUGCUGGUUCGGAGUUCAUAAAGGCGUGCAAGACUGAUAGCGAGGGAAAGGUCGUCGAAGGAAAACAUACGGUAUAUCGAAUGUCCGCCGCUACCGACGAAGAAAAGGACGAGUGGAUCAAAUGCGUACGACAAAGUAUAUCGCACAAUCCUUUCUACGAUAUGCUGGCAGCACGAAAGAAGAAGGCACAAAAGACAAAUGUACACUCAAAAAGUUAAGCGCUGCCACAAGCCGAGUCUCGAGAGAAACUCGGCCGAUCAGAAGACUGUUUAUUUUCGCGAUCCACGCACGGUAUCGUCGAACACAACCAAAUUACAUGAUGGCGAAAAUCCAUCGAGAAGGAAACAAACGCCGAAAGCGUUGUAGGCCAUGCUGAUUAUCAUGGUAUGGUGCCGUGAUAAUGUGACUGGAAAUAUCGUUGCAGUGAACUACACGAAUGCGGUAUUGAUGUGACAUCGUAGGUCGAGUAUGGAAAAAUGGACGCAACGUAAGAUGGACAUCUAGAUGAAAAUUACAUUAAUGACAGUACGAUAGCGCGUUACUACAACACGAUACCCGAUUGUCAUUAUAUUGAUGUGAAAAGGACCUUUCUAGAGAAGAGGCCUAGCUAUAUAUUUCCAUUAAUUUAAUGGAUACACUGCCUCUAUCUAUAUCCUUUCUACAAACGAGAACGAUUUCGUAUACAUUGCAAGUCUUUACAGUAAAUAAACGAAACUUGAUAGCAUUGAUUCGAUUGACACCAAAAUACAAUACAUGAGCAGAGAAAUACUGGCUUAUAUAACAUUUCAUGUCUUGUCAAAAAGGUCAAUAAUCUCAAGAAUUGUCCCAGUAGUAGCGUAAAAUAGACGCUUUUAACGCCACAUCUAGCAAUAUAUUAUGAGGGCAACUUGUAUAGGAAGCUAUAAGGAGGAAAACGAAAUAUUUCUUAUUUUCCGGCAGCUUUAAGACAGGCUUUAACACUCGUUGAAGCUCUACUCGAUUUCAGGAAGGUAAUAUUUGAGAUAUUUUGUGUAAAAUAUAAGUAAUAUCGUCCUGUAUCGUGUAAAUGAGAGAUAAAUCGUGAUUUCCAAUUAUAUUGAAAAAAGGCUUAAAGCCGAGGACUUGAUAACUUCAUGUGAUAAUUACUCAUGUGUAUUUAUUUUUUAAAUGUGUACAAAAUAAAUUUAAAUAAUACAUUUCCUGCAUGAAAUAACAUUAUUUUCGACUAUUCAUGCUUGUACAAUUUAGGAAUAUAGCAUGAGUAGCCAACUUGUAAUCAUUUUCGUUUCAUUUGAAAGGUUGUGUACAUAGCACAGGGAUGGACGACAGACACACAUACACAUGCAUACACAAACUUUACAGUAUAUCAAAAGUGACUAAUACACGUAAUAAACUCGAAUAAAUAAUGUCUUGAGAUUUGGCGGGAACUUGCAACUCCAUCAGUCUUUACCCAUACCAAGGAAAAGAAAGGAUUUUAUGCAAACAUAAAUGUGUGUGUGUGUGUGUGUGUGUUUGCGUAUAGAUGUGUGUAUUUAUAGAUAUUAAGUUUAUGUUUUACGACAUAGCUCUCUUACGUCACUCUCGAAUAAAAAUAAUAUUAAUAAAUUUCACAUGGAACUAUCAGGGAUUACAUUAUGUUUUGUGAUGGAAUUUGCAAUUCCUUCGCAACUUUAUGUUAUUAUCUUUCUAUAUUCUGAUGCAUAUGCAGAUGAUGAAAGAUUAGUGACAGAGAAGCAGGUGCCUUUGAGAUCGUCAAGCUAGUCAUAUAGCUGAUCAUAUACGAAGGAUUCGAAGGAACACUUUUCUUUGUUAUAUGGAAGAAAAGCCAAAACGCGAAAACAUCGAAAACGCCUUAUACGAUACGUUAGAUUAUGAAACAUUAAAGAGAACAACCGCAAAACUGAGGUUAAUAGGUCGAAAAGUUUUUUAUGUUCUAUUCUCGAAGAGACAUAGACCCUGUCUAUCGCAAUAGAACAAUGUCUAAUUUAUAAUGGAUUUACGAAAGAGAAACGUUUUUUAAUAAUAAUAUUAAAGAUGUGUAAAUUAAACAAAUUGAUUUGUUAAACUUGCUUAUUUUUCUUUUCAUAUACAGAGAGCACUUUCGACACAUCUAAAAGCAAUAUUUUACCGCGAGAUAUGUUUACAUGCCUGCCGAUGUAUUCUAGAGACACUUCUUUCACGGUCUCUGCUUUCCGAUAGCAUGGACCGUAACGUUAUCAGAGAGCCAAUACACGUAUAAUACAGUCGUGAUAAAAAUGGAGUAAUGCAGAAUCAUCUUUUUUCGGUCAUUUAUAAAUUGUGUCUUUUCACGCGAUAUUUGACGAUGUUAUAAUUCUGUUCUGUUUACUUUUCAGAGAUUAGCAAAAUUAAUGAUUAAUUAUUUGUGCUAGUGCAUCAAUAUUUUAUGUAAUUUGCAGAUAGUUUGCAUAAACUAUCUUGCCUUUUCUCUUUGUCAAUAAGAAUGUUGCGUAGGACUAAACAUACGUACAUAUCAUAGAUUUAUCGUUAAAUAUGAUUUCUUGUGUAAAAAUACAUUUCCUGCAGACCUGAUAGGAUUGAAAUUCCGAUGAAACGUGUCGCGAUAAGUCUAUGACGUGUUACUAUGCUUACGAACAUUGUGUGUGUGUACACACCCACACGAAUCACCAUAAAUUACAAACUUCGCUAUGCGAAAUAAAGGGAAAUUAAUUUGUCUUUCCUCGUGAUUAAAUUUUCCUCUGUAUAUUUCGUUGUAAAGUACAAAGAUGUGUAUAUAAGAAAUAUUCAAACUAUGAAUUAGCAAACUAAUUGAUCGAAUUUAAGAAAUUGUAUAAAGAAUUGUACUUUAUUAGCAUACAUAGGAAAUUUGUUGUACAUUUUGUUGUAUAUUACUUGGUAAUUGUCAUUAUACAUAAUUGAUCACAUAUUGUAUUUAGUAAGCGAAUGUGCAGUGUAUUAAUUUAAAUACAAUUAAUAAAUUUAUUUCUAGCAAA